AUGCUGCCGCCGGGAAGUAUCAAACCGAUGGACCCUCUCAGCGCGUCACUGAGCCACGUUCCUCGACAGAAAACCGCAGUCGAGCCCAUGCAUCGUACCGGCACAUCGCCGGACAAGUUCCAGACAUCUCAAGUCGUGCCCGAGAGCCCGGCGGAUAAACGCGCAAGAGAAAGCUCCGUGUCCAGAGCCACAGCUGUGAACGAGCUCAUUCUGUUCCUUAAAAUCAUGGACGAAGUGGCCAUCCACCACAUCACACUGUACUUUAUCAAUAUCAACACUCUGGCUGUGAUUCUCAAGAUGGAACAGUCGUUCGCAAAGUACUACGCUAGCUCGCAGCGUAAACUGUACUUACGCGGCCUGCUGACGCUGAUUGGCUUCAUGAUCUCGACGUUCGUGUACGACUACGUUGUACUCUGGGAAGACUACAGUGUCGGUACGAAUGCCACUGCAGACGGCGUGGUGCGCACUAAACUGCCGAAAUUCACGAUAGUGGUGGUGUUAAAACUCGCGGUUGUGCUGCCGUUACUGUUUUUAACGUUUUUUCGAGCGAGGAAACACCCUUAUCACGAAGAUUUUAAGCUCACGUGGAUCUGCAUCUUCGUGGUGGCUUGCUACCCGGUCGUGUACAAUAAAAUCACAAACGACUAUGGCGUGUCGUGGGUCUGUCUCGUCAUCAUGUACGUCUACAGCUGCACGCCCAUCCGGUUCUUUCCCGUGUCGAUUUUCUGUCUUGGAUACUUAGCAACGUACGUCGUGGUUAUGCUCGCGUACGUCCCUGGCAGUGACAGUUCGUCUGCGUCCUCUAGCCGACAAGAAAUCGCCAAUGAGACGCUCUACGCGUGUCUGUUUUUCUUCUUGAUCUUACUUCCAAGCCAGUCUCGAGAGUUCGCUAUUCGUGUGAGCUACAUGAGUGAACUUAUGGUUUUAUUACAACAAGAACAGCUGAAAAUGGAGGAAACCAGAUCCAAAGCGUUACUUAACAGUAUGUUGCCCGAAUCGAUAGUCGUGCAGCUGCAAUGUGGACGAGAGCUUAUCGCGGAUGAAUACGCAGAAGCGACGGUUUUAUUCGCUGAAGUGUGCGACUUUGACCUCUUCUCGUCCAAAUUGCAACCUCAACAAGUCGUCGAGUUACUUAACAUUUUAUUUUACAAAUUCGACAAACUUGUAGAUGUCCAUCACGUGCAUAAAGUGGAGACGAUUGGGGCCGUCUACAUGGUCGUCGGAGGCUGUCCCGAUGUGAUCCAUAACCACGCUGAGCUCGUCGCAAAUUUGGCGUUAGAUAUGAUCCGAUGCAUUCCUGAAGUUAGUGCGAAAAUUGCACGUAAAAAUUGGGGCCAUAUGGUCACGAAUCUUAAUAUUCGAGUGGGGAUAAACACUGGGGGGCUGAUGGCUGGUGUGGUGGGGAUCCGGAACCCUCGCUUCAAGUUGUUUGGAGACACGGUGAACGUUGCUUCACGUAUGGAGACGACGAAUUUACCAGGCCAGAUUCAGAUCACGGAGGCGACUCAUAACGCCAUUUACCACAAGUUUCACACUGCGUUAAGAGGUAAAGUGUUCGUCAAAGGAAGAGGAGAGAUGGACACGUAUUUCUUACGUGGCAAGGGCGGAUACAUCGUACCACCAGCGUCAGUAGUUACGAGGGAACAAGGUACAUCCGACGUGGUUGUGGACCCUUCUCCGAGUACUCCUACUACAGGAAGAAGACGCACGACUCGACUACCCGUGUCCAACAUUAACGCUAUCCCGGAACACACCAAAACUGAUACAUCCGAUACCACGAAAUCUAAUCCUAGUGAGGAAACUCUAGCCCCUCUACCAACGACCUCAAAGACACCGAACGCGCGCCAACCGAGACGCACGAGUCGAUUGGGAGCUCUCGACGCUGCGAAUAAACAAAAAACCAUGGCCGACUUACUGUCUCUAGCCCCAGCAGCUGGACGGAAACCCUCCAUCAUGCAGCUACCGGAAGGCACGAAGCUUCCGCCAAUUCCAGACACUUCAAUGGCAUCUUCGCCCCCCCAAUCGCUACUCGCGUUAGCUGACCAGCCUCCGUCACCCUCAGCACCUUCACGUCUAGCUCAACGACGAGGAACCGUGAGUGCGCUUAGAAACCACAGUUUGAGUCAAAUUGCCACUGUACGUAGAUCACUCUUCCGAGAAAAUAUCUUCGAUAUCGUCGAAGAUAUCGACGCGAACGGAGACCCUGGAAACGACGAAAACUCCGCUUUCAGUGCCACAAUCAUGACGCUACCCAAGGGAUUAACGCGUACCGAGGUGUUGUUCCGAGUUCACGGCAAUCGCCCAGGCUUCCGUAGCUUAACGAAAGAAGCUUUCGAGUUCGAGGAAAGUUACCGGGUGGAAAAUCGAGCUCGCUGGCUGCGCUUCCUCCGCUUAUCCGUGACGGUCUUCCUGGUCCUAAAACCGUUUUUGACGCUCUACCAGACCAUCCGCCUGUCCACGGUGCGCUCUUUCGACGAGAGUCAGCUCAUUUUUCUACUCAACUUCUGCAUCAUGUACCCCGUCAUGCUGGCUUUUCUACUGCACAGUUUUUCGCCAGCUUUCAGCAAUUACGAACAAGUCGCGUCGGUGGUGGUCGUCUGGGUCGUGGCAAUGAUAUUGUGCACAGAAAGUCUGCUGACCAACUCUCUGGGCCACGCCUACAUGAGUGCACUGGCGCUGUAUCAAUGCUACUUUGCGAACGUAUCCUUCCUGCUUCGCGUGAUUAAUGGCUUUGAAAUUUUAGCGUUAUAUUUACUCGCUAAUCUCCUGAUCGCGCCGUACUUUGGAUGGGAAAUCAACGUCACGCAGCUCCGUGUGUUGCGCAAUGCGCUCUACAUUUUCAUGUUCUUUGCGGGCCAAGCGUGGGUCGUGUUUAAUUCCGAGUUUAAACAACGUAUCAACCAUUAUCGCGACAUUACGCUCAACUCGCAGAAGCAGAAACUCGUGGAAGAAGAGGCUCGAAUCACCAAAUUGUUGCUGAAUUUACUACCGGAGACUAUCGUGCACAAGCUCAAGGAGGACCCACAAACCACCAUCGCAGAUUUUUUUGAUAACGUGACUGUGUUAUUCACCGAUAUGGUGAAUUUCACCGCCUAUUCGUCCAAAGUUUCGGCUAUGGAGCUCGUACAGUUCCUCAACGAUAUGUAUACACGCUUCGAUACGAUCGCAGAGCGAGAGGUGCUGUAUAAAGUGGAGAUUAUCGGAGACGCCUAUUUUGUGGUGGGUGGGUGUCCCAUAGUGAAAACCAAUAAUGCAUUAGCGGUGGUGACUGCUGCCACCGACAUGUUCGCAGCGCUGCCGCUGUUGAGAUGUAACUGUGGUGUACCAGACCUGAAUAUCCGGAUUGGGGUACACUCGGGUCCAGUGUUGGCAGGCGUCGUGGGCAGUAAAGACCCUCGGUAUCAUCUUUUCGGUGAUACGGUGAGCAUUGCGCACUUCUUGGAGAGUAGCGGUGUACCUGGCCGCAUUCAUAUCAGCGAGAGCACGUGGGCUAGUAUGAACAAGGAGACCCCCGGACAUGGCUUCAAAGUCGAGUAUCAUACGCUGCUGUCUAUCAACGGCAGCUCCAAGAAACUACGCACGUACUUCGUACUCUGA